AUGGCAACAAAUUUUUUAAAAAAACUUGUUAGCCGUUCAAAAUCAAGAAGUAUAUCACCAUCAGGUCAUUCCACCUCUAGUACAAAUUCCUCAAAAUUAAAUAAAAAAACAAAAGAUGAUUUAGGUAAACAACCACUUUUAUUUAACUUAUCUGCUGGAGAUCCCAGGAGUUUCUUUGAUCGAACAAUGGAUGAAAUUAAUUAUGAACAUUUUAAUAGUAAUCAACGAGAAAGAAGAAAAAAUGAUUAUGAAAGAAAAUCAAGAAGAAGAUCUCCAACAUUAAAUUCACAUGUAGUAUCACAAGAUAAUAUUUCAUAUAUCGGGUAUAAUAAAAAUGAAAGAGAUUCAUUUAAUGAUGAUAAUUUAUAUUAUCAAAAAUAUUCACCUAAACAAAAAAAAGAUAAGAAUAAUUUUAAAAAUGAAUAUUUGAAAAAAAAUAUUUAUAGAGAUGAGGAUGAAAUUAUUGAAGAAAAAAUGUUGAAUUAUGAAAAAGAAAAAUAUUUACAUAAUAAUUAUCAUAGUGCCCCAAACUCACCACCAAAAUAUAAUUAUAACUCUAAACAACGUUUAUGUGAUUUUAUAUCACCAUCAAUGUUAUAUAAGCAUGAUACUGAUGCUGAUGGAACAAUUGGAAAUUUAUAUGAUUCCUCAAAAUAUGAUAUAAAUCGUUAUAAUAGUUAUAAUACUUUACAAUCAAAUAUGUUUGGUGAUCCAAGAAAUACUAAAUAUAAAUCAUCUGGAUCACCAUUUUCAGCAACAAAAAGUACAAAUUUUGUUAGUUAUUCUCCUAAUAAUUUAAGUGUAGAAAAUAAAAAUGAUACUAGAAUAAAAAGUAGUUUAAAAAACAUAUCAAAAGAUGAUGACAAAAAUUUUGAGGAACCAGUUUAUGAAUCAUUAAAAAGAAAUCGUUCAUCUAGCCCCAAAAUAACAUUACAACUCCCAAAUGAAAUAGUAAAAGUAGGAAGUACAAAUUUAAAAGAUUCAUAUCCUGAGGGAAAUAAUGAAAAAAUAAGAGCUGUUUCAAAAAGUCCUAGUAAAAGAUCAACAAUAUCUACAAAAUCAAAAGAAAGAGUUGAAAGGUCUGCUUCAGCUCAUCUAUUUAAAAUAUCUUCAUCAAAUAUUAAGACAUACAAUUAUCUUUCACCAAUAUGUAAAAAAGUUGGAUGUAUGGCAACUAUUUAUGUAACAAAUCCAGAUUCAACAACGGCUAAAUUUUUAGUUUGCAAAUCUCAAUUGUCACAUGUUUCAUCAUACUUUAGAAAUUUAUUUAUGGAAAAUAGUUCAUUAACAAUACCUGGUGUUAAACAACAUUCAAUAAAUACAUAUACACUUGUUGUAUCAUCUCUUCCAUCACCAAAACCAUCUACACAAUUUCAAUGGUAUAUUGAAUCAACAAUUGCUGAUCCUGUUUUAAGAGAAAUUUCAUCUGAUACAUUAGAAACAUUAAUGAGACUUAGUAAACGAUUCUCAACACCAUCAUUAACAAUUAGAUGUAGUCAAUUUAUAAUUAAUACAGUUUCAGGAAAACCACCAAUGAUAGCUUUAUGUUGGUUAAAUUGGAUUAUAAAACAUAGAUUUGAUCAAGGAUGUUAUGAAGCAAUUCUUCCUGUUGUUUCUAGAAUGAGUUUAAUUGAUCUUGAAAGACAUCGAGCAAUGUUAAGUGAAAGGAUAUAUGGAGAUAUACUUAGUGGAAAACUUCGUUGUGUGUAUAAACAAGUCUCAAAUAUAUUUAAAGUUAUCCAUGAAAUGGAUCAUUUUGUUGUUGAAGGAAGAGUAUGUCCUAGAUGUGAAAGGACAGGAAAUGAAAUAAAAAGUUUAGGAAAUAAAAUACGUUUAAAAGUUUCACCAUGUACAAAAAUGAUUGGAUGUAAUAGUUGUUAUAAAAAUAGUGAAUGUGAAUUAAAAAAAAAAGGUAAUGGAGAAUAUGAGGCAUAUUUUAAAUGUGAUCAUGAUCUUAAAGCAUUUGGAGAAAAGACUGAAGAUUGUUGGUGUCAAGAAAAAACAUACAAAGAGAGUUUUUUAAAAUUUGAAAGUUUAUGUCCAUUAGAAUCAACAAAACUUCAAAUAAAAGAUGAUGAAAAAAAAAGAAAAUGA